AUGACUAACUACAUUAAGAAUUCAAAUCCAUGUAUACAUGCGAUAAUUCCAAACAUUGUCAAAGCUAAAAUCAAAGAGUACCAAAAAAAAAAAAAAAAAAAAAUGGAAAAUCAGGUUAGAAGUAUGCAUGUGCUAUACGAAGGGGGCCUCAUAUGCAAAAGGAAGUACACAAGCAUCAGGAAUAGCUCUGGUGUGGCAAAAGAAACUGGAAGGAGAAGGGAAAAUGUAAAAACAAAGUCCAUUGCUUGGUGUGAAAUCCCAAAAAUACUGCCUUACAAAGCACUGAUGAGUUUUGUCAGAGGCAUCAAUAAAGCUGGGGUGCUUUCUAGAGCACAACGCAACAUUAGAUGAGAGAUCUGGACACUAGUUAUGAUUUGCCCGAUAGGUGCCUGGCGCGAGCCACUUGUAACAAGCUGUACUUUGCACAUGUUUCUAUCAUUCUCUUACGAGGAUGCUCGCCUUUCUAGGAUAAAUCUCUCGAUGAAAUAGACAAAGUCUUAUCUAUGAUAGAAACAUACUUCAACACGGAUUGAUCUGGCGAACGAGACACCGUUGCAAGCGGACUACCCAGUAAUACGUCGAACAGAGGAGAACGCGGCCAUCGAUCGCCGAUCGACCGCCAUCUUUGUUUUCUUCCCGGACUACAAUAGUACGCAAUGUCGAAGAAAUACAAAUGCCCAUUCCCCGAAUGCACCUACGAGACAGAGGAAGUUACAGACGCCGCGGCGUCCCUUCUAUCAGUGCACUCUUCGGGAGUACAUGUCACUCCAGGAACAGUGAACACGAUCAACCCCAACAGUAACACGAAACUCGAAAGAGUACUCCGUCCGACAAUUUCGCAGCGGGAUCGAGUGAGGAUUGGUCGUAUUUUCUAACGCGUUGGGGCGAUUAUGUUGCGGCAACUAAUGUCACCGGCAAAGAAAAGGUAAUCCAGCUCCUCGAGUGCUGCGAUGAACAACUUCGCAAAGACCUGACAAGAAACGCGGGCGGUUCCCUCACCGACAAAACCGCAGAUGAGGUCAUAGCAGCCAUAAAAAAGCUUGCAGUACGGGAGGAGAACGCAAUGGUCGCCCGUGUGCAGCUACACAACACGCGGCAAGACCGGGAUGAGACGAUCCGUAGUUUUGGUGCCCGCCUUCGCGCCAAGCUGGUGUUUGCAAGUUUUUUAGUCACUUGCCCUGGCUGCAACAUAGAGGUCAACUAUACGGAAAACGUCCUUCGCGAUGUCCUCACACGUGGCCUGGCUGACAGCGAAAUCCAAUUAGACCUGUUGGGGGAACGAAACCAAGACAUGAGCCUUGAGGAGGUGUUCCAAUUCAUUGAGGCAAAAGAGGCCGGCAAACGGUCAGCAGGCCGCCUGUCACAAAGCCACAGUACAGACGCCGCACAAAGUCAGUAUCGUCGUGCCAAAAAUGAUGAGGUCAAGCAACGUAAGGAUGGGGACGCGAACGAACUGUGCUCUUAUUGCAACAAGAGAGGGCAUGGCAAGAGCGCGCCGACCAGAAUCCGCCGUCAUGACUGCCCAGCUUAUGGCACCAUCUGCGACAAGUGUGGACGGCAGAACCACUUUGCCAGCAUUUGCCGCAGCAAGGGCAAAAGCAACAGGCCCCAACAGCCGCCGACACCCAUUGGCAAGAGCAGAGAAACGGAAAGCGCAAUUUUUGACUCACUUUGCACCACAACUAGCCUCAGCAGGCCAAGCAAAGGAGUCAUCUCACUCGACCACCACCUCUACUGCCACCUAACCGAUCACUGGGUUCGACAGCCAUCCAAGCCUCAACCGUUCAUAACGCUUACAGCGACAGCCCAUCCUGAAGACUACACAGCCCUUGGAUACAACCCACCCAAAUCACAGUUGGCAACAGCACAACUCUCUGCUAUGGCUGACACAGGCUGCCAGAGCUGCUUGGCUAGCAUAAAAGUCAUCCGUCGCCUGGGCCUCUGUGAGAGUGACCUGAUACCCGUCACUAUGAAAAUGCACGCUGUGAACAACAAAGGGAUCAGCAUCCUGGGCGCAGUCAUCUUAAGGUUCUCGGGCAGGUCUCCAUCCGGAAAAGCCCUGGAAAGCCGACAGAUCGUAUACGUGACAAGCGACUCAGACAAACUUUUCCUCAGCCGAGAGACAUGCAUGGCACUGGGCAUUAUCACUAAGAACUUCCCCAUGUUGGGGGAGACCCUAAACACAUGCAGCUCAAUCGAGCCAGACACAGCCUGCAAUGCAACUGCACCAACCCCGUCAGACAGAGAUAUGCAAACUUCUGAGGGCUCAGACAGCCCCCCAUGCACCUGCCCGCGUCGCAUCACACCGCCACCGAAGCCCACAACCACCCCUUUCCCAGCAACAGAGAACAGUCGGAUGAAGAUGCAACAGUGGCUGCUGGACUACUACCGAACCAGCACCUUCAAUACAUGCGAGCACCAGCCGCUACCCCUAAUGGAGAGCAUCCCUAUGAGGCUAAUGGUUGACCCCCAAAGCGAAACCAGUCGCACACCACAACCCCAUACCAGUGCCACUUCACUGGCAAGAGGAGGUCAAGGCAGGACUCGACCAGGACGUCUCACUGGGUGUCCUCGAACCAGUGCCAGUAGGAGAACCCGUCACCUGGUGCCACCGCAUGGUUGUAUGUGCUAAAAAGAAUGGCAAGCCCCCCCGCACAGUCGAUUUCCAGGCGCUCAACCUCCACGCGACACGUGAAACCCACCACACGCAAAGCCCCUUCCACCAGGCACGCGUUCAAUCCCAAGCAACACCAAAAAGACCGUGUUUGACUGUUGGAAUGGUUACCACAGCGUUUCCCUCCAUGAGGACGAUCGACACCUCACCACCUUCAUCACUCCAUGGGUCGCUACCGCUAUAAAACAGCACCUCAAGGCUACAUAGCUUCUGGCGACGGCUACUCAAGACGGUUUGAUGAGAUCGUGUCCCAUGUUCCUAACAAGACCAAAUGCAUCGACGACACCCUUCUCUGGGCAGACAACCUUGACCAAAGUUUCUUCCAGGCGGUUGACUGGCUCAACCUCUGCGGACACAAUGGUAUCAUACUUAACCCAGACAAGUUCGUCUUGGAGCCGACACUGUCGAAUUCGCAGGAUUUGAGAUCACCCCAAGCUGUGUGCGGCCAUGCAAACAAUACCUCGAUGCCAUCCGCAACUUUCCAAUCCCAGCCAACAUCACGGAUGUCCGCUCCUGGUUUGGCCUGAUCAACCAGGUCUCCUAUGCCUUCGCAGCGACUGAGCGCAUGUUGCCAUUCCGCCAGCUCCUCCAGCCCGGCACCCCUUUCCAAUGGACCGACGAACUGCACACACUCUUUGAAGAAUCCAAAUCAGUAAUUAUCAGUGAAAUUGAAGAGGGUGUGCGUAUCUUUGAGAAAUCUAAACCAACCUGCCUGGCAACCGACUGGUCCAAAAGCAGCAUCGGAUUCUGGCUGUUCCAGAAACACUGCCAGUGCCCAUCCCCCGAACCCUUCUGUUGUCGUACAGGCUGGAAGAUCACCUUGGUUGGGAGCCGUUUCACACACGCCGCUGAAUCAUGCUAUGCCCCAGUAGAGGGCGAAGCCCUAGCCGUUGCCGACGCGCUUGACAAAGCACGAUUUUUUGUCCUGGGUUGCAGUAACCUGAUCAUUGCUGUCGACCACAAGCCCCUCCUAAAAGUGUUUGGAGACCGGUCCCUUGAAGAUAUCACCAACGCCCGGCUCCGCAACCUCAAGGAGAAAAGCUUACGUUACGGUUCGAAUGGUACACAUCCCUGGCGUGCGACACAAAGCUGCCGAUGCUGUAUCCCGCCAUCCUACCGGAACCACCAAACCAGACCUGCUAGUCUUGCCAGGCGACAUAGCCGCGGCAACCGCAACCCUGGCCGCUCUCCGCGCAUUAGAUAACUCCGGACGCUCCUUCUUGGCCGGCAUCCGCCACACCGAACCACAACCGGGCACUUGCUCCAUCACCAUUGAACCAGCUAGCCUCAUCAGCCUCAUCGGCAUUAAACACUAUUGCCGUCACAUGGGAUAGGGUCAAGCUGGCCACAACAAGCAGCAGGGCAAUGACCCAGCUAAUUCAUCUUAUCGAGACUGGAUUCCCUAAAUCCCGUAACGAGCUACCACCUGCCCUUCGGGAGUACCAUCAAUUUCGCGAACACCUCUAUACAGUUGAUGACAUCAUCCUCUACAAGAAUCGCAUCGUGAUACCACCCUCUCUCCGCCAGCAUAUUCUGACUGUCUUGCACUCAGCCCACCAAGGUGUGACUUCCAUGACAGCACGCGCCCGAAAAGCACAGUGUUCUGGCCAAGCAUCACCCCAGCCAUCAUUGCCCUACGGGAAACCUGCAACCACUGCAACCGCAUGGCACCCUCUCAACCGAGUUCACCGCCCUCUCCAGUUGUACCCCCAGCCUACCCGUUCCAAUGUGUUUGCGCCCGACUUCUUUCACUACAAAGGGGUUACCUACCUUGUUAUCGUGAGACCGCUACUCCAACUGGCCCCUCGUUGAGCGAGCAAGAGAGGGAUCUACAGGCCUGAUUGACUGUCUCUUACGAACCUUUGCCACAUUCGGCAUCCCAGACGAACUCGCAACAGAUGGCGGCCCUGAAUUCACAGCAACAGCCACACGCCAAUUCCUGAAAGACUGGGGCAUACACCACCGUCUGUCGUCAGUGGCAUUCCCACACUCAAAUUGCAGGGCAGAGAUUGGCGUCAAAUCAGUCAAACGGUUCAUCACUGACAACACCACCCCAUCUAGUAGCCUAGAUACUGACUCCUUCCAGCGUGCAGUCCUUCAAUAUCGAAACACACCCGACCCGAAUACUCAGCUAUCCCCUGCACAAUGUGUCUUGGCAGGCCAAUCAAGGACUUCAUACCUAUCUUACCUGGUCGCUACCAACCACACCCUACCUGGCGUGACACCCUCGCGACAAGAGAGGCAGCACUAAGAAACCGCCACAUGAAAGCUGCAGAGAGAUGGUCUGAGCACACCAAGCGACUCCCACCCCUGGCCGUUGGUAACCAUGUUCGCAUCCAGAACCAAACAGGCCCCUACCCCACUAAGUGGGAUAAGACAGGAGUCGUGGUCGAGGUUCGCCAAUUCGACCAGUAUGUCAUCCGCAUCGACGGCUCAGGGAGGAUGACUACCCGCAACCGCAAGUUCUUAAGGAAAUACCUCCCGGUGCGGACCACACCGCCCCACCUAACAAUUGAUGACGACCUGCGCCAUCUUGCUAUCUGCCACACAGACCGCCCAAGCCAAUCGCCCCCACCCCAGCACAAGCAAGGAUACCCCCACAACCAUCCCCUGCACAGCCACUAACUGGGCCAACCCCGGCAGCAGUGACACCUGACCACCACAGCCCCAGCCCAAAGCCGAAUGCACCACAGAUACAACUUAGCAACCAAACACCUUCCCCAUCUCCUGAGCACCCCUCGACAGCAACUCCACGAACGCACGCGUCCCAGCCCCCAAGCAGAUCCACUGGCGCCGUCAAGCCCGCCCGAAACCCCCAGAACGACCAAAGAAACCUCCCUUAGCCCUGCGUCGGCUACGGGACUUUAACUCAAAGGACUAUUGGAACAGUGACUUAGUCAUUAGAUCCAUGAGACAGUCAAAUGACACUAUUCCAUAUUUAGUUUUGUUCUUUAAUUCAAAUUAACAUUUGUGUUCUUAUCAGUCUUCACUAUCCCCCAUAUGCAAGCAUGAGGAACACUAAAGACUUGGGGAGAGAUAGAGCACAACGCAACAUUAGAUGAGAGAUCUGGACACUAGUUAUGAUUUGCCCGAUAGGUGCCUGGCGCGAGCCACUUGUAACAAGCUGUACUUUGCACAUGUUUCUAUCAUUCUCUUACGAGGAUGCUCGCCUUUCUAGGAUAAAUCUCUCGAUGAAAUAGACAAAGUCUUAUCUACUUUCCUUAGAAAGUCUGGCAGCUAAAUUUUCUUCAGAGCAUUUCUUGGAAACCAUUUUUCCUUCAGCUUGCAGAUCUUUAUUUGCUUCUGACUAGCAGAAGCCCCUGUCUGCAUUGGUUUAAUGGUGAAAAGGGUCUUGUAAACAGCUGUUGGCGCAGAUGGUGUUCCCUUUGGGAAAGAUGA